CAGUCGUUGCGUUUCAAUGCCAUUCGACACAGGUAACGAACACGAACAAAAAAAUUGCGCAACAUAAGUAGGUAUAAAUGGUGAAUAUUUGGCCUCGCGCGAACGCCGAUAGAUUGAAGUUUUCAUCGUUUUUGCGUAGAUUUCCCAUCCGCGGGAGCUUUCUUUGAAGCCCCUUUUUUUCGGAAAAACGAAAAAGUCCAGGUCGUUCAACUGGCAACAAACCGAACGAAACUCUCCAAGGUAGAUGGAGACCGAAAUAGAAGGAGAGGACGAGCAAAGUGUACGAGUAAGUACUUCUUCGUGUGGAUGUAUGGGCGUCAAUUAUCGGGUCAAAUGUCAGCCCAUAUACUUAUAUUUCAUCGUCAACGAGAGUAUUUUUCACGAAACCCACGUAAAAAUGCCGUGGGGCGGGCGAUAUAUCGCUUCUGAUGAAGAUUAUAAUGUACAGCAGAUCAUAAUCGGUGAAUGUGUGUGGGCUUUUUAAUAAACCGCGUGAAUUACUGAUAGAUAAUUCUUUAUUUAGGUAAAUACUAUUUUGUUGAUCUUCGGUAUUAUCCUCUGGUUUUAACUAUACUAAUUGUUAGUUAGUAGAUAUUUCUAAUUAUUUAAUUUUUGUUAUCUCUAAAAACGUUCUUGGGCUAACAUGUAAUUAUUUGCCUAUUAAGUAAGAACCCGUAUCAAAUUUUUAAAACUGAACAUUGUUUUUAUCAUUA